AAUUAAUGUUACCACUCUCUCAAGUAAAAUAGAAGUCUAAUUCAUUUUAGCACAUAUACCAUCGUCAGUCAAAUUCCUUAUUGCAAAAGCAUUUUGAAACAAGAAAAAAUUCUCCUGUUACUAUCGUCAGAGCCCCCGCUCUACCUAAGAGGCAACCCUUGAGUGGUUCUACUCUGUGUUUAAGAACUCCCUAUCCUGACGUUAAAUUAAGAAUAUUUACAUAAGUAUUUGAUGCCUGUAUUUUAAGCAAACAGAAGAAUCGAAGUUUGAUUCUACAAUGAAAUAUGAUGAUUCAUAAAAUUAAUAAUUGAGUUCUUUUGCAGAUAUAAAGACAGAUAAAUUAAGCUGUACAAAAACAACUGCUGCUGAAAGUGUAGAAGAGGAGAAACAAUAAGUCAAAAGUACUUUGCCAUCUUAAUUAGCUCAAAGAAAAUUUUGCAAAAUAAUCAUAUCUAUAAAUGUAAAAACAACUUCUUGAUCGAGAUUUAGAGAUACUCCAGUUAUAAAGAACCAUCAAAAUUCUCAAAGAUUAAAAUGUAUUUGAUAAAUUUAACAUAGAAAAAACUCACUAACGAAAAUUCUGUCCUGAAAAAAGAAAACACUCAUAUCAAAACUAAGAUUGAUUCGCUUGAAAAAAGAAUUGAAGGAUCUCCAGCACAUGCGAGAAUAUCAGAAUAUACAUCUGCGUUAACUGAGGUUGAUAAAGUUAAAAUCGAGUCACUUUUAAACUGA